CAACUUCUUCCUUUGGCUCUUUGUCUUCCUUUGGCUUUUUGUUAGGCUCUUUCUGUUUUUCUCUUCUCUGGGUCUAUUUCAGUUCUGACAGAUAAUGGGGUCAAGCAGGUUGAAUAUUAGGGUUAUGUUUCAUACUGUAUCAGCCUUCUUUGGUUGAUUUUUUUUUUCCUUGAGAGAGAUAGAGUUGUGAACUGGAAGGAACUGAGGAAAUAAAGGACUUUUCUUGUCCUGUUCCUUUGUUUUUGUACUGUUCUGCAACUGCUUUUCUGGACGGAGAGAGUGUUCAAAAGAUAGAGACAGGGAGGUGAGAAAAUGUCAUGAUUCAUGCAUGGGCGUUGACAAGGAAAAAACCUUUAACUUUCUGUUCUCUAUCGAGAAAUGUCGACUUGUCAGUCAGUUUGCUGAAUAUGUGAAUUGCUUAGCUAUAGUCAAACCUGGAAAAUCAAAUAGGCGGUUACUAAUAUCUCCCAAGAACUCACAUUUCUGUAAACCUUUAAACCCUCCUAAACAGACGUCAAAUUCCUCAAAUUCACACACACAGAGAGAUAACUUGCUAUUCUAAACAACAAAAAAGAAAAAAAAAAGUUGCGUAAUCUGUUGAAUUUUGGUGGUUUGAUCAGAAUUCCAGAGCCGUGGCUAAUACAACCACAUUAUGCCUAGUGGUGCAAUUGCCGACCCAAGCUUUCUGGCUUACCCAAUUUCCAGUUCUGAACUUUCCACCUCCAUAAGGAAAAUGGAUGGUUAUGGCGAAGUGUGUCUGCUUGGAGACAGCUUUGAUCCGAGUGGAGUUGUGAGGUUAAGGGAAGAUGAAUAUGAUAGCAGAUCAGGGAGCGAUAACAUCGAUGGUGCCGUAUCUGGGGAUGAUCAAGAUGCUAAUGAUGAACAACCGCCAAGAAAGAAGAAGUAUCAUAGGCAUACUCCCCAUCAGAUCCAAGAGCUUGAGAAUUUCUUCAAGGAAUGUCCACAUCCUGAUGACAAACAAAGAAGCGAGCUCAGUAGGAGGCUUGGCUUGGAGACAAAGCAAGUAAAGUUUUGGUUUCAAAAUCGCCGAACGCAGAUGAAGACACAAAUAGAACGCCAUGAGAAUGCAAUUCUUAAGCAAGAAAACGAUAAGCUCCGAGCUGAGAAUAGUGUGAUGAAGGAUGCUAUUCAAAACCCAACGUGCAAUACAUGCGGUGGCCCUUCAAUGCCCGUUCAUCUAUCAUUUGAAGAACACCAGCUUAGGAUUGAGAAUGCCAGAUUAAGGGAUGAACUGCACCGGUUAUAUUCUGUCACGAACAAGUUCUUGGGCUGGCCGGUCUUACCCUUUGUCAGUCAUGGCUCUACACCAAGCUCUGACUCUUGCUUGGAACUUUCUGUAGGAAGAAACGGACUCGGAAGUUUGAGUACCAUCAACGAUUCUAUCCCUAUGGGGCUUAACUUGGGAGACGGACUUUUCAGUGCUGGUCCUAUGGUGCCUAUCACUAAGCCUGGAAUUGGCAUGCCAGGCAAUGAUACACCACUUGAGAGAACAAUAUAUGUGGAUCUUGCUUUGGCAGCAAUGAAUGAAUUGGUUAAGAUGGCUCAAAUGGAUGGUCCCCUUUGGAUCAAAAGUCGGGAUGGCGGUGGCAGAGAGACACUGAACCUUGACGAAUAUUCAAGGACAUUUCCUUCUUCGGCUCGCAUGAAGCAUAGAAAUUGGACAACAGAGGCUACCAGAGAUAAUACUAUGCUCAUCAUCAACAGCUUGGCACUCGUUGAGACAUUGAUGGAUGCAAAUCGAUGGGCAGAGAUGUUUCCUUGCUUGAUUGCUAGAGCUACCACAGUUGAUGUGAUAUCAAGUGGCAUGGGCGGAACUAGGAAUGGUGCAUUACAAGUGAUACAUGCCGAACUUCGAGUGCUUUCCCCAUUGGUUCCUGUACGGACACUGAAGUUCCUCCGCUUCUGCAAGCAGCAUGCUGAUGGUCUAUGGGCUGUAGUUGAUGUUUCCAUCGACUUUAGUGGAGAAGGUUCCGAUUCACACUCAUUUUUCAGUUGCAGGAGGCUUCCUUCAGGCUGUGUCGUGCAAGAUAUGCCUAAUGGUUUCUCCAAGGUUACAUGGGUUGAGCAUACGGAAUAUGAUGAGACUGUUAUGCACCAACUCUACCGCCGGUUAAUUAGUUCGGGCAUCGGCUUUGGGGCACAACGGUGGCUUGCUACCCUCCAAAGGCAAUGCGACUGUUUGGCAAUUCUUAUGUCUUCUACUAUCCAUACUGAAGAUUCUGCAGGAAUAUCACCAUGCGGUAGACGAAGUAUGCUGAAACUAUCACAGCGUAUGGUUGACAACUUCUGUUCUGGGAUCUGUACUUCAACUUUGCACAAGUGGGACAAACUUGUUGUUGGUAAUAUAAGUGAAGAUGUGAAGGUGAUGGCUAGAAAGAGCAUUGAUGAUCCCGGUGAGCCACCAGGUAUCGUGUUGAGUGCUUCAACUUCUGUUUGGAUGCCAGUAGCCCAGCAGAGGUUGUUUGCAUUCUUGCAAAACGAGCAUUUACGGAGCGAGUGGGACAUUUUAUCCAAUGGCAGGCCAAUGCUAGAGAUGCUUCACAUCUCAAAGGGCCAGGGACUGGAUAACCGUGUUUCUCUUCUACGUGCCAAUCCCAUGAAUGCUAAUGAGAGCACCAUGCUUAUAUUGCAAGAGACUUGGACUGACAUAUCAGGCUCACUGGUUGUUUAUGCUCCGGUCGACACAGCCUCGGUUAAUUUGGUGAUGCGCGGAGGAGAUUCUACUUAUGUGUCACUACUACCAUCAGGAUUCGCAAUUCUCCCUGACGGUCUAUCCAGCUAUGCUUGUACAAACAACGGCAAAGAUGCUUCGGUCACUUCGGACAUCAAAAUUGGCCAUUCCGGUGGAUGUCUGCUCACAGUUGCAUUCCAGAUUUUGGUGAAUAGCCUUCCAACAGCUAAACUCACCGUCGAGUCGGUUGAGACAGUUAACAAUCUCAUUUCUUGCACAAUCCAAAAGAUCAAAACUUCCCUUGAAGUAUCUUAACGAUGCUUGCUCGGUAAUCAAGCUUUUCAGUGUCUUCCUUUUCUCUUUUUUAAUCUCUUUUGUCAAAAAGGUAAGAGUAGUCUCAUAAUGCAAAGCUUAUGGGAAGAAUUGAUAGAAUCAACAUGAAAAGAGCUCGAGCAUAGAAUCGUCAAAACACAGGUUUCUAGUCAAGAACGAACCGCAAAUAUGGGACUCAUUGUCAGGUUCUGAACGUUGUUGUUGUCGUGUGGGUGGUUCGGGUAUUGACUCGACGACCGGUGAGGAGGACGGAGUUAUUUUCUUGUUUGUGUCGUGAAAAAACUGUUUCUGAUGUAAUGUACUUGUUUCUCCAACUCAAAAAAUCUGGUUAUACGUUAUAACUUUACAGUU